AUGGAUGAAGCUCGACUUGAUUUGUUUGCCCGGAAACAAAGAGCGUAUAAUGCGAUUCCACCAACAAAAGGUGCUCUGAAACUAUUCAUCAAGCGAGCAAUUUUUCAAGCAGGCCAUUUCUGGGGUAAAGCAGCUGUUACCGUGCAGCAACUGCCGCCUCCAUCAAACUGGGGAUGGCUGAAGAACAAUGUGUGGAUCCCUUAUCGGAUGGAAUUGUCGGUUAUAGCUGAAUGCUUCCAGGACCUUCAAAACUGUGUUUGCAAAAGGACUUCCUUAAACUCAAAAUCCAAGACUAUCCAAGCGUUUAAAACUCAUUUGAGUAAGAGAGAAUCAUAUGCUCUUUAUUAUGAGCUUACCAAAACCAUACCAGAGUUUAAUCUGAAAGAAGUUAUUGAAGAUUUUAUAAUAUGGUUCUUCGGUAAACUUCCCAGGAAAAAGGCAAACGAGCUUCUAAGGAACCAGCCUGAUGGAACUUUCCUAAUAAGGGACAGUGAAACUUGCCCAGGAGACUUUGUCAUUUCCAUAAGAUAUGUCCAACACAAAGACGGCGUAUUACACGCACUGAUAAGUUACAAGCAUGGAACAUUUUUUCUUCAGUUUGGUAGCUACAAUGGUACUACAUUUGAGACCCUGUCCGACUUGGUAGAGUAUUGCACAAGGAACCAAGUGUUCAUUUAUGGAAUGUUAACUGCUCCACUGAACAAAUUUGAAUUGGAAAAGGCUAAAGAUGGAGAGUACAGGAUUCCAGAGGAGCUUAUAAAUGAUCCAUAUGCAGAGGAGCUUUAUGAAAAAGCAAUAAAAGAAGGAACCGAAAAAGACAACACUAUAAGAGUUAUGGUUAUAGGCUGCUAUGGGCAAGGCAAGACGUCAUUGGUAAGAAGGUUAUUAAAACAGUCUAUAGAAGGAGUUGAAACAACGAAUGGAAUAGAUAUACAUAGAUGCGCUAUCAUCAAUGAUACGGAAUGGGUAAACCAGGAAAGUGAAGACCCAGAAAAAGAUACAAUUCAGCGUUUGGCUAAUAUUGCUAAAUAUGAUCCGGACCUCUCGCAUCAUGGAAGCUUUGGAAAUGAAGAAGAAGUUUCUGUAAAAUUCUGCGACCACAAAGAUACAGAGACUGACAUUGAUGAUUAUGAUAUAGCAUCCUUAUAUAAAAUGAGCCCUUCAACAACUGAUAAAUCAGAUGAUGAUUUCAGCAAAAAUGGAAGAAGCAGUAACAAGCAUGCAAUGUCAACUGUAAACAAUACUUCUGUAAGCACACCAAAGAUUGAUGUUCGAAGCUUGAAAAACUUUCAAACUGAAUUAAAGAGACUGGAAUCCGGCAAAGAUGAAAGAAAAGACGGAAGAGCGACAUUAAAUAUUUGGGACUUUGGAGGACAGUUUGUUUACUACGCAACCCAUCAGAUAUUUCAUUCGAGCCAAGCUGUUUACAUUUUGGUUUUUAAUUUAGAUGUAGGACUGGACACCAUUAUUGAAGAUAGCGAAUUUCCAUUGCAUAAAAAGACUAUGAGAGAUUACUUGAAAUUCUGGGUUAGUUCUGUUAACUCUUUUGUCGGAAGUCUAGAUGGAUAUGAACCUCCAGUUAUUUUGGUUGGAACGCAUACGGACCAACUUCAGGAGGGCGUCGAAAUCUUUGACGUAUUUGAGGAAGUGAGAAAAAUCUUUGAAGGUAAAUCAUGUCUCAAUCAUAUCCAACCAGAUCAUUUUGCGAUAUCAAACAAAGAUUCUUCAGAAGAAGACAUAGAUCAACUGCGCGAGGCGAUAACUCAUAUUGGACAAAAGCAUCUUCAAACAAGAGUUCCAGCGAAAUGGAUACUUCUCGAGAAAAGUUUGAAAAUGAAAAAAAGAAAGAAAAUUAUAAGUUUUGAAGAUGUGCUUGAGAUAGACAGUUCCACCGACAGUCCUCUCCAAAGUAAUGAUCGUAAAGAAUCUGUUGACCAAAUUAAGUUGUUCUUUUCAUACCACCAUGCAAGGGGAACAUUCUGUUAUUUUGAUGAUAACAGAUUGUCAGGACAUGUGGUCUUAGAUCCACAGUUCCUCAUUGACGCUUUCAGGUGCAUCAUUACAUCUGAAAAUUUUUGUAGAGUUCGUCCAAGAUUGCGAGGUCUCUGGAAUGAACUCUGUGACAAGGCGGUUCUACGAAAAUAACUUCU